GCAACCGGACCGUACAGCAGAGUGGCAAAAGUGGCAUCAGCUGCAGCAGGGUCUUGGCGGAACGGAUUGUUGUUGUGUUGUGUUUUUGUUAUCGAUUGAACCACAUAUCGGUGAAUACGCGAACCUAAAACUGCUUGCAAAAGUUCAGUUAACUGCAUUAGCAUUCGGGCUGAAAACGGUUCCUAAACGUGAAAGGGAAAAGUGCUAAAAGUUGACAACAGAAUGCCAUAUACGCAAGAAAUUCUGUGGGUGUGCUAAUUCUCAUGAAAAUGUAACCAACAGCUGCGACUCACGUUAGAUAAUUAUAAUACGGGUGAAGUGUUGUUUUAUGCGAUACAAUUGUGCGUAAUUACAGCAAUUCUAACCGAACACAAGCUCAUGUACUUAAUAAGUCCGAGGUGUUCCCGAUAUUUUCAAGCGCUAUGUUUAUUCAAGUGUGUUAAUUUAUGCGAAAUUUCGCUUAACUUAUGUCGCGGAGAGAAAGUGCUGAAACCUAUACUUAGUCGGAACGAAGAAAGCUCCAAAUGGGAUUAAGGAUCUUUUAAGCUUUAUCAAAGCCUUUGUUGAGAGCAAUUUAAAACAACAAACUGCUCCAGUUAGUGUCAAAAUAAAUAAAUCAUUCUCCGUAAUACAGAGCACUGAGCUGCAUUAUCACACCCGUAUGGUAUUAGUGUAAAAGUGACGAAUGGCCACUUUUUUCCUGCCCCUGUGCUGUGUUUAUCCCUAUAACUGGGAUAGCAACACCUGAGUUUUUUGCCCAGCGAUGCAAUCUGCCUGAUUUGGUCGUAUAGUCUAUCUGGCUUAUUUCUGAAGGUGUGUGCGCCUCGCCGAUCUACAAAGGUGUUUUGAUAAUAUUUUUGCAAAUUGAGCGUGACAAUUAUUAAAGUACACAUAGCACGAGCUAGCUGCAUAUGGGUACCAUUGCUGCUGCUUUGCAUGGUGUGCUUUCGAUCAACCAGAUAUACGAUCGAUCUAUUGCAGACUGAGAGCGUUUAUAAGACAUCUCUUUGUGAAGUGUUUUUGUGCGGCUGCGAGUGAUUAUCGUCGAGUUCCAAAAAUAUCCCGCUCAUCACAAAAAAAAUUCCCGCUAAAUUCAACCAUGAAAUCCUUCGGAGUGCAUUCGUCGCCCCAAGCGACCGCAAUCGUCUCGGAGUGGGAGGAUAAUGUUGCGUUCGAUUCGGACGAUCCAGAUUUUUUCACCGAAAGUGGAACAGCAGCAGCAUCGGCAGCAAAAGUUCUAACUCGAUCGUCUACCUGCUUCAAUGUUGGUGGGGCCACCCUCAACCAUUCCGGAUUUCCACGAUUUCUAAAAGUGCCAUCUACAAUGUCAGUCGCCAGUGUCCAAGCCCCUCAUCUGACCGAACUGUGUAGUUCGCUAAGUCGCACCAGCAUGAGUCUGUCGUCAUCCCUGUCCGACUUGGUCGGAAGUCCGUCGCUUAUGGCAGCCGGAUCAGCUCUAGCGGCUGCCGCAGCCUUGGAAGUUAGCUCUGAAGCGGUCAUCACGAUCGAGGAGCUCCGAGCUCAGCUGGGCUCCUGUUUUACCUGCGGUGUUUCCUGGACCGACGACCAGGUGUCGCUUGAUUGUGCCGAAUGCGGAGGCUACAGCCUAGAACGGCCCUGCAUGCUGUGCGACGGAAUCUGCGGUCAGCUGUGGAAACGGGACUUCACCCUGAGUCACGCCUGCGGUAAGGCCCGUUGGCAGGGUGUGUGUAUCAAGUUCCCCGCCCAGAUGAUCCAGCUCCCGUCGGCCCCGCUGAGUAGUUGUGCCAGCUUCAGCAGUCACCAUCAGCUGAUGCAGACGACCGGCACCUGUCGCGGAACGGCCAACGCCAGCCAGCAGUUCCUGCAACAGGAGCUGUGCUCCCGGUUAGAAAAGCUAACGGCCAAUGCUCACAACUAGAGCGGCCCCGGCUCAGCCAAACCCGCUUUAAAUAUCCAGAUGAAUUUUGACGUUUUUUUUUCGUUAUCUUACCCUAGUUUAAGGCCCCCUCUUCUUCGUAAUAUUUUGAUGAUUGCGUAGGCUAUUCAGAUUCAGUUCUAGCAACAAAACCCUAAAGUGAAACAAUUCGAUUCUAUUUAACUUUUAUUAAGUUCCUAUUACCUACCACAUACUGAAGGCUUAAUCCAGAAAAAAUCUAAAAAUAACCAGAAAUAAGCCGUAUUCUUAUGUUGCAUUUGUAGACUGUGAGUUAGAAAGCAGAAGAAAAAACUUCCCGAUCGGAAUAGGUUAACUUAACGUAAGCGUAGCCGUCGGGUCAUAAAAGAUCAUCAAAAAAUAGCAAAUUUGGACGAAUCCUUCAAAUCCCCUAAGAUCUGAAGAGCUAGGAGUUUUUUUCCUAACACCUAGAAUGGCGGACAGAUGAAAAUUAAAACAAAAACAAACCCCUAUUUAUAUAUUUAAAAAUUAAACAAAAAGAGAUAUAUUUACCAGAUAUCAACAGACAAAUACCCCCUAACGAGGAUAAGAGCUAGGUCGUGUAAGCGCUAAUGAAUUAGUUGACUGGAAAAUUUAGCAAAAAUAAACCCCUUGAUACACAUAAUACUAGAAACGGAUUGUGUAUGUUUUUCCGUGAAAAACAUUUAAAGCCGAGUUAGUUGAAAAUAAUCCUUUCCUGAGAGAAAAGUAACAACAACAAUGUGUUGUUAAUGUCUGUGGACACAGCAGAAGAAUUAAGACACAACAAGAUACAAGAUUGAUUACAGAAUAGUGUUAGAAGAGAUGUUAAUUUUUUUCGGCAUUAGAACUUAAGACAAAAACAAAUAAUAUUUUUUUGUAUUGUGUUGAUUUACUGAGGUCUAAUUUUUUUUGUUCGUUUGAAAGUAUAUGAUCAUUUAUGAUUUACCUUAUUGAAAAUAAACAAAAUCAAUAUAUUGAAAA